GAGGAGGAGGAACGGGAGGCGGAGGAAGAGGAAGAAGAAGAAGAGGAGGGAGGAGGAGUCGACCCACCUCGCGAAGUCCUAGCCCGCAGGCAGCGGCGCGACGCGCCGGGACGCCCGCCUGACCAAGCUCGGGGAAGCCGGACGGCUCCGGGCCGCAAGCAAGGCGGGCUCCGGCUCCCGCCAAACAGACCUUGCCGGCCCGGCUCGCACUUUCUCGCCGCUCAGUCUCUGCCGAGAGGACCUUGCGUCAAGGCUGCCCAGGGAAAGGCAUGGAGCAUCUCAGCCCCCCAAAAAAAACUUCCUCCCGGAUUUGUAGCAUAGAGGAAUGUGAGCGCCGGAGCCGCGACUGCUCGCCCUUUCUCCGCCUCGCGCCGUAUGCCCCUCCUUACUUCUCCACUAGCCCCUCGCCCUUUCUUUUCUCUCUCUCUCUCUCUCUCUCUCUCUCUCUCUCUCUCUCUCUCUCUCCUUUCUCUCAGGCUCGCCUUCUCGCUCCUUCACUCUCCUUUUUCCCCCUCUGCUUUUUGCGAAAAAAAAAGGGGGGGGGAGAAAAAAGAAAGAAAGAAAAAACCAAAGAAAAGGCGCAAAUCAUGCACAAUAUUGUCUUUUGCGGUUUAUCUUCCUGGGGAGAAACUUUCACCUCCUCAGCCGGGCGGUGAGCGCGAGACUGAUAGCAGCAAUCAUUCCUGCAGAUAAAUGAAUUGAAAGGACGACACCGUCCCCCCCUUGAUGAAUGGGAGCAGGGGGAGGUGUCACGUGCUGCUGACGCGGGCGCCCAUUGGUGUGCCCACACUCCCCCCUCCUGCAGCCGCCGCGCCAACGGAGGGCGCGCCGAGGCGCCGCGCGCCGUUCAUUGGCCCGCCCGCCUCAUCAAUCCCAGGAAACGCAAGCGGCUCCAGUUCAAAGCCACAUGCACCAACGUGACAUAUAAGCCAUUAAAAUAUCAUCCUGACGGCUCAUUUCUGCUUCAUCAUACAUUCCCUAACUGCUUCCCGAAAGCUGGAAAAGGAGAAAUGAAGGAUGACCGCCUCGCUGGAACCACAAAAGAGAGGCUUGGAGGGGUUUGUGGUUCCCCCUCGGCCACCCCAAAGUGAUGUGCAGAAAUGAGGCGAUCCCGGCAACAGGUGGAGCGGGGCGCAAAGUCAGAAAAUGAGAUACAAGACUUCCCUGGUGAUGAGGAAAAGAUUACGGCUUUACCGAAACUCCCUAAAAGAGUCUAGUAGCAGCUCCGGACACCAUGGCCCCCAGCUUGCUGCCGCCUCCAGCCCCUCGGUGUUCCCGGGCCUUCAAGAGCAGCCACCGCAGGCCUCCCCCAGCGGCACUUUGAACGGACUCCUGCGUCUGGGGCUCCCUGGAGACAUGUACGCGCGGCCCGAACCCUUUACGCCGGGACCGGUGGCCCGCAGCGACGCCCUGGCAGCUGCCGCGGCCCUGCACGGCUACGGGGGCAUGAACCUGACCGUGAACCUCACGGCGCCCCACGGUCCCGGUGCCUUCUUCCGCUACAUGCGCCAGCCGAUCAAACAGGAGCUCAUCUGCAAGUGGCUGGCAGCCGAUAGCCCCGCGCCCCCGCGCCUCUGCUCCAAAACUUUCAGCACCAUGCACGAGCUGGUCACGCACGUCACCGUGGAACACGUCGGCGGCCCGGAGCAGGCCAACCACAUCUGCUUCUGGGAGGAGUGUCCGCGCCAGGGCAAGCCCUUUAAAGCCAAAUACAAACUUGUAAAUCACAUCCGCGUGCACACGGGCGAGAAGCCCUUCCCCUGUCCUUUCCCGGGGUGUGGGAAGGUGUUUGCUAGAUCAGAAAAUCUCAAAAUACACAAAAGAACUCACACAGGGGAGAAGCCCUUCAGGUGCGAGUUCGAGGGCUGCGAGCGGCGCUUCGCCAACAGCAGCGACCGCAAGAAGCACUCGCACGUGCACACGAGCGACAAGCCAUACACGUGCAAAGUGCGCGGCUGCGACAAGUGCUACACGCACCCCAGUUCUCUGCGUAAGCACAUGAAGGUGCAUGGGCGCUCGCCGCCGCCGCCUAGCUCUGGCUACGACUCAGCCACGCCGUCUGCCCUGCUGUCGCCCUCAUCGGACUUCGGCCGCGACCCGCCGGUGGCCUCCUCGGCGGCGGUGGCGGCGCGUGGCGCCGACCUGAGUGAAUGAUGUCCACCGCGUUGCUCGCAAGGUAAUCUCGCCCAACGCAGCUGAGCGCCCGCAUCUAGCGCCUGCGACAUCAAAGGGUCCGCGCACAAAGCAAUGUUUCUUCGCCACGGUGCAUCUUCAUGGUAAGUUAGGAUUUCUAUGGCAAUGGGCAAGUUGCACUGAAAUCCUGAAAGGCCGAGCCUGGAGCCCGUCCAGGCUUUUCAUUAAGGACAUAAUAUUUACGUCUAACAGGCCUUUUUUCUUGUGUAUACAAGUAUAUAUUUUUGUUUGACGCGGACUAAAUCAUUUUCAUUUAAUUUCCGGUAAACAAAACCCACGCGAAUGGGCACUUGUUCCCGAUCAUAAUAAAAAUGGAUAAUAAUGUGAGGGAAGAAAAGGGCCGCUUGAAUCGCCGCUCAGCCCCCUUUGUUUCUGCUUUCUGCGGUGAUCAGAGGGCGCAUUUGGGUUUGAUGGCGAGUUUCUAAAGGCGAGGAAAUGGUUUGUAAGAGGGGAAAGAAAAGGAGAAAGGUCUAAUCAAGCUCGGGUUGUUCAAAGAGUCGGGUUUUGGGGUUGAAAGUGUGAGUUUGACGGUGCAUCAGCAUGCCGCGUUAGGCUCGCCAUGGAAAUGCGCGCGGGGAGCGGCCGCUUCAAAGGCGGCACACUUCACUGCAGACACUCUAUUAAGAUACAUUUGCGCUGACCUUUGCUUUCACGCCAUUUAAUACUGUCACUACGUUCUCCAGUAUAUACUUCCUCUUUGGAACCAGCGUCGCCCGCGUUUAGGGGUUCACCCUACACUCCUGUGGGGAGGGGGCGUUUUGAUGCCAGGGACGCAUUCAGGAAAGGAGGAGCCGGACUCCGUGCACCUUGACUGCGCCCCCAAAGAAGCUCCAGGGUCAAGAGUAAAUAACUUUAGGGCAACCUCAGAAGCUUAACAAAUGAGCAUCCCCAGCUCGAUUUUGUGCAAAAUGCCUCUCUGCCACUUGAGCAGGGUAGAGGCCUGAAUUUGAAAGGGACUUGUGGAGGGGACACACUGGAUGAAUCUAAGGAGUUCAAACUGUGCCUUUGGGACAUUACCACUCUGGUCCCCAGAUCAACCCAUUCUGCCCCCUCUAUCCCAGAGGUCUCUUGCAGGCCCCCAUAUUGUUUCUCCCUAGUGUGGGGCAUAGGAUACCCAUCAGGCCUAGGCUGGCCCUGGGCAUGAACUCAAGAGCCCAAGGCCAAGGGGAUAGGGAAGAUGGCAGGAAAGUUAGAAGUCCAUGUUCCCUUAAUUGUCUUGUUGUUUAUUUUAUCCAAGUACCCCAGUGAAUAGGGGAAAAAUAAACACGGUGAAAAAAAAAAUCAAACAGUAGAGUCUUCUUUAGUGCCAGUCCUUGUGGUUGAAUAAAAAGGAUGGUCCGCUUUCUAUUGAGCUGAGAAAUCUUUGAAGUGGGAGUUAUUAUCUGAGACAUUCCUGCUUGUCGUCCUAACAACGCUGAUGAAACGUAAAAGGUUCUUUGUCAGCGAUUUGUUCUCCUCUCUGUCAAACUCCCUCUGCCCCGUUAGUUUCAAACCGUUUCUAAAGAGAUAAAAUCAAACUUCUUAAAAAAAAAAUACAUGCACAGUACACUAACUGAUAACUUUAGGACUCAGUCCUGCUAAGGAAAAAACAAAAGCAACACAGAGACAUCAGGCCCAAGGUCUGUGGAGGCGCACAGAUGUUGAGGGGCCUUUUGCACAGGCCCUGGGGCAUGGGGGAAAGAAUGCAGAGGAGGUGUAGGCAGAGGGUACAUACCCCAAGCACAAACUGUGUGUCCGCUUCUCUCUGCACUGGCCUGCACUCAUCAGUCCCAGUCAGGUCACUUGGAUGAACCUCCUUUGGGGACCCCUCAAACUCCCAAUAUUCUUGCCAAGGAUGCUUGGAACCUUUGACUGCAGCCAAGCAAUUGUUAAUAUUUUCUGCUCCUUCAAAGACAAUCUCUUCUAAAAAUAGACCCAUUGUGUGUUUCUUCCCACUAGCAGCAAUCAGCAAGCCCUUUUUGCCAUUAAUAGAAAGUAGAGUGGCUUGAAGGAGAGACAUUUUUAUCAUUUCCUGUUUUCUUCAGAGUCUUGGCAAUUGGAGUUCAGAAAGUUCAGUUUACAAGAUAGUGUCCCCAAAGUGCAUGCAAAUACCCUCCUCCCAUCCACAUAUGCAGUUCUUCAUUUAAUAUUGUGCCCAGGAAAGAAAAUUUCACCCUGUCCAGCUUUCCCCAAACCUCCCGAUGUGGUUUUAAAGGUGGUUUACAUACAUAAGGAUGUACUGGCCUCCCUACUCUGUGUGUGCUGAAUAAAUGAUUUGUAAAGAAGUUUCCCCAAGCUGUAACCCAUGCUGUUAUUAUAGUUGCUGCAAAAUGUUGUCUCUUAUAUUGAUUUUUAUUUGUUUACUGGAAGUCCCCAUAUGUUUGUUUAUAUCACUAAUUUAUGGGAAAUGUAAUGAUUGCAAUGAAUGUGAAUUAUACAGACAGGCAAAUGUUUUGUAAUCAUAAAUUCACACACACACGCACACACACACACACACACACACACACACACACACACACACACACACAAGAAGCCUGACUGAAACCUUAUACUAUUUGGUACAUCUCUACCCACACUGUUUGUGAUUUAUCAUCUCUCCCCCUUAGAUCCUUAAAUUAUGAACUAACCUGAAAGAAAAAUAAAAGUUGUUAUGUAUUUGAUUGAAAGUGAUUGUUGAAUGAAAAAACAUAGUCGAAAGCUGUGGCUUCAUCUUGCUGUAAAUAUGUAAAAAUGGAUUAAAAUCUGUGAUUCUCUUUCCCUCCGAAGAGCGUUGUGUACAUGGAGCUCCAUUUUGCUACUUUCUUUGGUAAUAAAUGUUGUGACGUUUCCCUUCCUCUUUUGAA